CCAGUUCCGUCCCAGCAGAAGGUGGCCAACAAAGAUGGGGUGGGGGACCCGAGUGGCUGGACAGCUGGGUUCCUCCUGCAGGGGCUUCCGACGCCGGCAUGGAGCAAGUGCCUGUGGCCUCAGCCAAGGCCCCAAGCCAGAGCUGCUCCACCCACUGCGCCCCAGGGCGAAAGCCCUACAAGGCCGAGUGAGCUGCAGCCGCCAGCCUGGGGCCCUCUUUAAGAUGACCCGCACGGACCCGCCAGACUUGUUGGUGUCGACCGUGUAUCAGGACAUCAAGGUGGCGACCCCGGGGCCCCAAGUCCAGGCGCCGCGCCCGCCAUGUGAGCGCUCCAUGGCCCGGCCUGCUGCUCCCGCGCCUUUCAACAAGCGCCACUGCCGCAGCUUCGACUUCCUGGAGGCGCUGGACGGGGCAGCCAUGGAGACAUUCCCUGAGCCACCGCCCCCGGAGCACCCUGCGCCGCGCGCCCGGUCCCGCGACAGCGAACCCCGGCGCCGCGCCCGCUCCAAGAGUGCGCCCCGCGCGCCCCCAGGCUUAGCUCCGGCCUCGCCCCCAGUGCUGCCGCGCCGAGGCCGGGAGGUCCAAAGGGCGGCGCGGGCGGAGGAAUCCCCACGCCGGGAGCCCGCAUACCCGCUGCGCGCGCUAGCCAAUGAGCUGCACCCCAUCAAGCUGCAGCCACAGCGCGGCGGGCCAGGCCGCAUCGCUCCCCUGUGCGCCACCGCCGGCCGCUGCGCACCGCCCGAGCCGCCUUCCGGGCCCGCCCCCCACGUCCGCUGCCGCCUGGAUAUCAAGCCUGACGAGGCGGUGUUGCAGCACGCCGCCGGGGCUCGCGGCCCUGCGGGCCCAUUGAGGACCACGCCCUGGGUCCGUGUGGCUCCCCAAAUUCACGGUCUGACGGUGCCCGGGCCUCGCCAUGGGCUGUCGCGCACCCCCACCCCUAGUGACUCGUACUGCACUGAUACCCGGGCACUGUACUGCGACGGGCCCCUACCGGGGCCCCGGGACUACGUGGAGCGCCGAACUCUACCCUUCACCACCCCACCAGGCCCCACCCAAUUCUUCUACACGGAGGAGGCCGAGGGUCACCCGGGCGGCUUUACAGCCAGCCCCAUUCCUGCCUUUGACAACUAUUUCCCCAGGCCCUUGCAGCCCGAGAGCCCCGGGGACCCCAGUCCACGGCGUGGGGGAGGCUACUAUGCAGGGGACAUGCGCACUUUUCCAGUCCACCAACCACCCUCCCGCUCCUACUACGAGAGGGCCCCCGAGCCUAUGGCCCACCCUGGGGCCCCACUAUUCCCCGAGGAGCCCCAGGCCCACCCCAGCAUCCGACCCUUUUACACAGAGGACUUCGGGCGGUACCGAGACCGAGACGCCCUGGCGAGGACUUACCCACACCCCCGUAGCAGCCUGGCCUGCGACUGGGGCCUGAGGCCUUACGGAACUUUGCAGGUGGCACCUCCUCCAGACCCUGGCCCGUUGCUCGCUUCAUGGCAUGGUGGCACCGGCACCAGCCCGCCCCGGCUGGCCACGGACAGUCGCCACUACUCACGUUCCUGGGACAACACUGCGCCUGCGCCACGCCGCGAGGACCCCUGGGCCGCGGCCGCAGCUAUGAUAAACCUGCUGGGAAGAGUGGAGGCCCGGGAACCACCGGGCACGUACCCCGAAGGCCGGCGCCCGCCAGUCGUGGUGAACCUGUCCACCUCGCCCAGGCGCUACGCGGCGCUGUCGCUGUCCGAGACUUCGUUGUCCGAGAAGGGCCGGCCCGGAGAGGGCCUGGGCCGCAACUGGUAUGUCACGCCCGAGAUCACCAUCACCGACAACGACCUGCGUGCCUCUGAGGGCCCGGCCGGGGGAUGGCCGCUUCCCCGGGGCCGCCCACGGCCUCCCGCCGCUGCCCGUGACGGCCCCACUCCCGGCCGCCAGCGCAGCCUCGAGCAGCUGGACGAGCUCAUCACGGACCUGGUGAUCGACUCCCGGCCGACGGCCGGUCAAGGACCGGAGCCUGUGGCCGACGGCCUGGGCCGCCAGCUUCGCCGCCUGCUGGACUCGCGGCCCGCGGGCCCCGAGGCCCCCCGCGCUGGGCCACGCUCACCACCGGCAUCCGCUGGCAGCGCCGAAGAGCCUGCGGGCGCAGGGCAGACGGCUGACGCGUCCCCGGACCCCAGCGCGGAUGAAGACGACCUGAUGACCUGCUCCAACGCGCGCUGCCGGCGCACGGAGACCAUGUUCAACGCCUGCCUCUACUUCAAGUCCUGCCACAGCUGCUACACCUACUACUGCUCGCGCCUGUGCCGCCGGGAGGACUGGGAUGCGCACAAGGCCCGCUGCGUGUACGGCCGCGUGGGCAGCGUGUGCCGCCACGUGCUACAGUUCUGCCGCGACAGCGGCCCGGUGCACCGCGCCUUUUCACGCAUCGCACGUGUCGGCUUCUUGUCGCGGGGCCGCGGCGUGCUCUUCCUGGGUUUCCCGAGUCCUGGCUCCGCGGAAAACUUCCUGCGUUUCGGGCUCGAAGGGCUGCUGCUGUCACCUACCUACCUGUCCUUACGCGAGCUGGCCACACACGCGGCACCCCUGGGCAGCUACGCGCGUGAAUUGGCCGCUGCAGGGCGUCUCUACGAGCCGGCCGAGUGCUUCCUGCUCAGCGUGUCCGUGGCCGUAGGCCCCGGCGUCACACCUCCUGGCGCUCCCACCCGGCCCGCGCCGGCAGCCCCGGGGCCCACGGUGCGCAAGUUCGCCAAGGUGGCGCUGGCGGCCGGCAGCCCCGCGCGGCCUCCCCCUGUGCGGGGUCGCGAGCCCGAUAUGGAGACCCUGAUCCUGACGCCGCCACCGGGCACAGCGGGCCUGGACCAGGAAGGCGAGGCAGGUCGGCGUGCGCGCGAGGUGGCUUUCAUCCACAUCCAGCGCGAGCUGAGGCUGCGCGGUGUCUUCCUGCGCCACGAGUUCCCGCACGUCUAUGAGCAGCUCUGUGAGUUCGUCGAGGCCAACCGGCGCUUCACACCCACCACCAUCUACCCCACGGACCGGCGCACUGGCCGCCCCUUCAUGUGCAUGAUCAUGGCCGCCUCCGAGCCUCGAGCAUUGGACUGGGUAGCCAGCGCCAACCUGCUCGAUGACAUCAUGUGAGGCGCGGGGUCGCACCAGGUCCCCACCCGAUCCACCUAGGGCCGCCCUCUAGCCCCGCCCAAGUAUUCAGGCCCCGCCCACCCAGGGACGCCCUGAGCCCCGCCCAGCCCACUCAGGACCUGCUUCGUCCAUGUAGACCCCACCCUGCCUCGCCUAAGCCUGGUCUUAAACUCUCCCAGUUCCCGCCCUCCUCGCCCGGAGCUCCGCCCAGACCCCACUCCGCUGUGUUUUCUACAGGCGCUGCCAUGCGAGGCCUCCUACCCGACCGCGACUCCCCUGCCACCAGCCCAGCCACGUUCCCCCUUCCCCAGCUCUCGCCCGGGCCUCCCGAGAGGCCGGUCCUUGGCAACUUGGUGCUCCCCGCUGGGAGGCGGGGUGGGCCUGAGGACCGCCCGGCCCUGCCAUCAGCGGAGGGGUCACUAUUGCAGACCCCACCGCGCAGAUCCGGUCCGUCCGUUUGUUCCCUGUCCAUCGCAGGGCCUCCUUGGAACCUCCCCAAGCCCGGUUCGCCCUGGUCCAGGAGCUCGAGUUCACCAAAGCCUAGUCCCGUCCCACUUAACACGCCCCCCCCCCGCCCACCCCUGUGUCUGGGUUGCGUCCGGUCCAAAGGCCUUUCCUCUCUGGAGGACACCCUGGUUGGUCUCGGUGUGUCUGCGUCCCGAGCACGCCCUGCCCUGGCGGGGAGCGGUGCAUUUCCACCGGUCCUAGCCCCGGCUGGAGCGGGCAAAAGCCGGCCCCGAGCCCGCACGUUUUUCGGGGGUUCCCCGCCAGCCUCCCCUCACCAUAGGCUGUCCUGGGCCCUGCAGGAAGGGCAGGGACGAGCGGCAGUGGAGGAGGACUCGGAAAUCUUCGGUCAAGGUGCAAGACAUUUAGCCAGAGGGGAGGAGGAUCAGUGUAGAGGGCAGCGUGGGGCGCUGGGCCUGGCGCCGGCCCGUAGCAGAGACCUGGCUGGGCGUUAGUCGGGCUUGCCUGCCCACACCCGACAGAAUGGCCCAAAGGGAGUGCCAGGUCCAGGUUCACAAACAACAGUGCAGGAUCUAACCUCACAGGGGGGCCCGGAAAGCGAGGGCGGUGAAGCCGGGGGCGGAGUGGGGGGAGAUUUCAUGGAGGGGCGCCCAUGCGCUGGCUGGCGUAGGGAGACCAGAGGACGGGUUUCCCUGGUGGGAAUUAGGCUGGGGGAAGCGUGGGUGGGGGCGAGUGAAGGCUCAAGCUAAUUGGUCAGGGCAGACCGAGGGGCGGGGACGUCGUUGCACAAACGCCCCCCAACGCCCCGCGCGCUCGAUCUGUGCGUUAGUUCCUUGUGUCUCCAGCUGGAAACGUGAAGCUAGGUUCCCGGCUCCGGGCCGCAGGAGCGCAAGUUCGAGUGGCCCUUAGCCCCGCCCUCCCCAGUUCAUCCUGGCCCAUGCCCGGGCUCCACGGGGAACGAGUGGCCGGGAGAGAGGGUGAGGCCGGGCACCCACAAGGGCCCUUCUGGAGCUCCCAGCCCCCUAUUGGACCGAGAAGGGGCAUCAAUUGAAUUAAAUUUUGAAUGCCUCCGUUCCGGGCUCUCUCCCGCGACCCGAAAGCCCCCCAUGAUUCCCGCCCCCACACGCCUGCGCGUCCGCCUCGGCUCUGCGCCUUUGCACCGGCCACGCGCCCCGCUUGUCCUAUUCGCCUUCUCGCCUUCCCAAAUCUGGCCGCCGCACUACCCGCCCCCAGGCCUCCGCCAGCGGCCGGUCUUCCGGCCGUACAGUCUGGAAGGACCCUGGAGCAUAUUGUGUCCACAGGGCGAGCGCUUUUCGAACUAAGUAAAACAACUCGAAUGUAACCAUCGCUGCCUCAUUGUGCGGGGUCUGGGUGGGACGGGGAAAGGGCGGCCUACGGACGGGGGGGCGGGGAGGCUGUCAGAGCCGGCGCGUGUCCCCCUGGCCUCCUGGGUCGCCUGAUCACCUUCAAAGGGGCCUGGUUUUAACCACUGCCCACUCCUGACUUCACGUUCUCCUUUAAGUGGGAGGCUCGAGGUCCAAAAGGCUGCAAGGAGCCGUACUGCGAUUGGCCAGUCGGUGCUGCGGGCUAGCGGCACGAUUGGCUGAGGCUGAGGGCCAGGGCUGCAUGCCGCCGCGGGAUUGGCCCGCGGGCUCCCAGGGCCCGCCUCUCGCACUGCUGACGCAGCCCCGGCUGGCGUGGGGGCAGGACCGAGGGCUGCGGGGGGUUGGCGCGCUCCGGGGAACAUGGCGGCGGCGGCGGACCUCGCCCAGAUUCCCGAUGUGGACAUCGACCCGGACGGCGUCUUCAAGUACGUGCUGAUUUCGAGUCCGCGCGGCAGCGCCCUCCGAGGCCCCCGGCCGGCGAGAGCAAGGACGUCGUGCGCGGCUACAAUUGGGCCGAGUACCACGCCGACAUCUACGACAAGGUAGCUGGCGAGAUGCAGAAGAAGGGCUAUGACUGCGAGUGCCUGGGGGGCGGGCGCAUCUCCCACCAGAGCCAGGACAAGAAGAUCCACGUGUACGGCUACUCCAUGGGGUUUGGUCGCGCCCAGCACUCCGUCUCCACUGAGAAAAUCAAGGCCAAGUACCCUGACUACCAGGUCACGUGGGCUGAUGACGGCUACUGAGGGCGCCUGAGGCCUGCUGACUCCAGCUGCCCGUCCUGGACUCUGCCCUCGAAGCCCCCUCCAGAGGGGCGGGGCCACACCCUCGUUGUCCCCAAGCCCUGCUACCCUGCACAGGCCUCAGGGGCAGACACUGGCCUGGCCCAGGGCCCAGGUUUACCCUGCCCACUGGAACUGAAUAAAGUGUUUGUCACCCC